GAAGAAGAAGAAGAAGAAGAAAGUAUUUUCGUGGCUCAUGAGAAUUGUUCUUGAGGACUGGGCUAUAGGGAGUUCGGAAUCUAUUUGAGAAAAGCCCUAACAUGGCAUUGGUCGUCAGAUUGUCCACUCUCAUGUUUGUCCUCACCACAGGGACUGAGACAUCCAAAAGUCUAAGUCAGGGCCCAGAGUUAAAGUUAAAGCAGGUCAUCCAGGUGGAAUCUGGGGAGGAUGCAGUCCUACAGUGCUCUGUGAAGUUUGGUGAGAAAUCCCCUGGUAAUGUAGAGAUAGAGUGGGUUGUGUUGUGGAAGCUGGACCACAAUGGUGAUCACGAAGAUAAACCUGUGUUCCAAUCCAACAUAAUCAAUAAACAAUCCUCUGAUACCAGGAUGCCGCCGAGCCCAAAAUAUCAGCUUUUUGCCAAUGAGAAAGACCAAGUUGUGUCCCUGUUGGUCAAAGAAACCAAGCCUGAAGACGUGGGUCAGUAUGAGUGCGUGGUGAACACUAACAGUGGAAACACAAAGUGCACCAUCAUGCUGAAUGUCACAGAAACAGCCCUUGAGAAUCCUGAAAAUCCUGGGACUCAAAAGGAAAUUCCAAAGAACAGUUACAUGGGUGUGGCUGCUGUAUUUGUGGUAGUAGGCUCUCUUGCCAUUGGACUGCUGCUUCUCAAGCUGUUUCAAGCCAUAAGACUCAGACAACAUGAACCAUUGACACAGGAGGACUCUGUUGUGGCAGAAGAGCCUGAGGAUACAGCAGUCCCAGCAGAGCACGACCUCAGCGCCAUGACAGGACUGUUUCUGUAGCGACAGAUGUAUUAUCAGGAGUGCUAUGGGCUCUCUUCCCUGUCGGUGUCAUGUCUGCUCUGUCUUAAAUGUCAACCAGCUAACUGAAUGUGACUGCUUUGCCUGGAAAAUGGAAAAAUCUGGCGCAACACUCUAUUCUGUUCCACCUCUGCAGGAGAAAGAGUCCAUUCAUUGUCCUGCUACCAAGCUAACAGUAUUAACAGCAUUGUCUGUAGUUGUUAACCACACCAGAUUAUUCUUUCAUAAAAAAUAUGAUCUAUUGUGAAUAAAACCUGAAAUGAGAGUAUAUAGGACUAUCUGUGGAAGGACACAUGCAUAUGCACAUAUUUAGUGGACAUUGAUUUGACAGUGAAGACACUAGUGUGACCCAGUAGCAGUGUGUGAAAUUGAUCUUGACCAAACACAUAUUUUGUGCAUCACAAUUUGAGUAAGUAAUUUAUUCAGAAGCCAAUAUUGGGUUUUAGUGGAUUUGAGAGUUGCUUUAGUUGACAUGCCUCUGUUCCAUUAGGCCCAGUGUUUUCCUGUGUCAUGGUUCUGGAACUGGACAUGGGCACUGUAGGUAUGAUAAGUAUUCAACCCCCUUAGAUUUCUUCACAUUUUAUUGUUACAAAGUGGGAUUCAAAUUGAUUUAAUUGUCAUUUUGGAGAGGGGGUUUUGUCCUGUGGUUUGGUGGUGGGGGGUGCAGGCUGGUCUGGAGAGAUCUGGCUGGGGUUUUGUCCUGUGUGUUUGUGUCAUUACAUAAAAUACUCUGUCAAAUUGGAAGAAAAAUUCUAACAUUGUUUUCAAAGAUUUUUGAAAAAUAAAACACUAAAAUACCUUUACGUAUUCAACCCCCUGAGUCGAUAAAUGUUAGAAACACCAGCUGUGGGUCUUGGGUAAGUCUCAUAAGAGCUUUGCACACCUGUUUUGUGCAAUAUUUGUCCAUUAUUCUUUUCAAAAUUCUUCAAGCUCUGUUAAGGUGUUGGAGAUCCUUGCUAGACAGCCAUUUUCAAGUCUUGCCAUAGAUUUUCAAGCAGAUUUAAGUACAAAACUGUAACUUGGCCACUCAGGAACAUUCACUAUCUUCUACGUAAGCAACUCCAGUGUAAAUUUGGCCUUGUGUUUUAGGUUAUUGUCUGGCUGAAUGGUGAAUUUCUCGACCAGUGUCUGGUGUGAAGCAGGUUUUCCUCUAGGAUGUUACCUGUGCUUAGCUCCAUCCCAUUUUUUUGUAUCCUGAAAAACUCCCCAGUAUUUGCUGAUGUCAAGCAUACCCAUACCAUGAAUCAGCCACCUCUAUCCUUGAAAAUAAGCAGUCAGUGAUGUGUUGUGUUGGAUUUGCCCCAAAGAUAAGGCAUUGCACCUAGGUCAAAAAGUGUAUUUGCUCUGUUUUUUUUGCAGUAUUACUUUAGUGCCUUGAUGCAACAAUAUUUGUAUUAAUCUUUUCACUGUCAUUUAGGUUAUUAUUGUGGAGUCACUUCAAUGUUGUUGAUCCAUCCUCAGUCUUCUCCCAUC